AUGAGUGCUCAGGCAGCCCCGUCGUAUCUGGGGGGGGGCAAAAUUCCCGACGGCGACGUGCUCUGCCACACGUCACGUCUUGUCUCCCCGUGCGUAGGCAGAAAGCGGGCUGAGGAUUGCCUUUUUGCCACACUGAAUGUGUGUGGAGGUGUAGAAGGUAAAAUGGUAGAGAUAUGUGAGAUGAUGAACAUGAGAAAGAUUGAUGUGUUAGGAGUGAGUGAGACUAAAAGAAAGGAUGGUGUAGCUACCACCCAUGGCCAAUACUUUGCGUACUGGUCUAGUGUGGCAAGUUCCCGGAGGGGCAGCCAGGGGGUGGGAGUUAUACUAUCUGAAAGAAUGAAUGAAUGUGUGAAAGGGUAUAAAUGUGUUAAUCCCAGAAUACUUUGGAUUCGCCUCAAAAUAGGCUUGACCAAAUUAUUUAUAGUCAGUGCCUACGCCCCAGACAUGUCAAAGCCAGUUGGGGUGAGGGAAGAAUUCUGGGAUAACUUGAGAGAUGUACUGAAUGAAUGUAAAGAGAAUGAAAGAAUAAUUAUGCUAGGGGAUUUUAAUGGAUGGGUUGGGGUGGCACGCGAUGGGUACGAAAGAGUUUUAGGGCGAUUUGGAGAUGAAAGAGUGAAUGAGAAUGGGGAAUGUCUUCUGGGUAUAUGUGUCGAGAAAAAACUUCUUGUGACCAAUACAAUAUUUAGUCACAAGAAAAUCCACAUGUAUACAUGGCAGAGACAUACAGAAAGGAGUAUGAUUGAUUUUGUGAUUGUAGAUGAACGAUUGAGGACGAAAAUUAAAGAUUCCAGGGUGUACCGUGGUACGAAUGUCGGUAGUGACCACUUCCUCGUUAUAGCUAGAAUAGCGGGACUGGCGAUGAAGUGGAGACAUCGGCCACGGAUAAGGGUGCCUGGAAUUGAGAGAGUGAGAGUGGAACGAUUGAGAGAAGAGAAAGCCUGUGAUGAGUAUAGAAAAUUGUUAAAUGAAAGGACUAGAGAGCUACUGGAAGGUGAGGAAUGGAAUAUAGAAGAAUUUUGGAAAGAAUUGAAGGACGCAGUGAUCGCAGUAGCUACUCAAGUAUGUGGUGUAAGCAAGAGAAAGAACCCUGGAAGCAAAAGAAAUGAAUGGUGGGAUGAUGAAGUGAAAGAGGUGAUAGAGCAAAAGAAGAAAGCUUGGCUCGAUCUAUUAGCGUCAAAAGCAAAUAGAAGAAUGCUAUAUCUGAUAGUAUGA